AUGCGACGCUGGUGCAGCGCUGCGAGUGGUUCUUCGCGUGGUGAUAGGCCCACUGAUUAUGAUGUACCUCCACCGCGCCCCGCCUUUUAUGUGCCCCCGGAGGAACGAGCAUCAGACGAUGCCUCGCUACAGUUUCUUCGGAAAGACAGUGGAGUGCGCUCAGGUCUGAUGAAGGGAUGUGGGGAUGCGACUGGUGAGGUUAAACUAGAGCCUGGCCAACUCUUCGCCCCCGAGCCUCCCGUCCGCCCGGCGGAAUCACCCAGUUACAUCAAUGAAAAAGCAGCGCGAUUGUCAUCUACAAGUGUCCGCGCAGGGGCCUCCUUGUUAACGGGGGACAUCGGAGCAGAGGUCAGUCGUCUAGCGGUGGUGAAAAAUUCCACAUCUACGCGGAACCGAAGCGAGAAAACAGAUGCAUCUCCACCCCUCACGUAUGGGGGGAGUAAAGGAUCGAUAUUUGAGUCGAGGGACGUAGCCGAUGGAGUGCCGGAAGGGAAAAAGAUCAGACAACAUGAAGGAACUGUUGGCAGAGGUGAGGAAGGCGGAGAAACCACUGGAGGAAAUCCCACUGGCGAUGAAUUGCCGCUCUUACAACAAAUGCAGGUUGAUCUUCGCCGUCUGGAAUACUACCAGGGGACCCCCCAAUAUCCAGAGAUGCUGAAGGAGUUCCGCGCAAAAUACUUAUCUGACGGCGGUAGCGAGGGUGAAGGGGACGGACGUCUGGAGGACCUUCGGUCUUACACCCAGGAAGAGCUGGCGCGCGGACUGGAGUCACAGCCAAUUGAUUAUCUUCGGGCUAGCAGUAAGUUGAAGGUGGAGCUUACCAGCGGCCCCAGAGCGUACGACCCGGUACUUGUCAUGCAGCAGAUGGGUGUGAUGCGGUUUCAAGGGUAUGCUUUCCCUCCCACGACGGAAUUAGGUAGGCUAUGCGACAGUGAUGGAAAACUGCCGGACUCGAGCGAAGGUGCCCAUAGAUUUGCCAAGUAUGUAGCUCAGACGGCUCCAACAGCCAUCAAAGAUCAAUUGAAAGGCAAUGAGGACAGGCACAUUCUCUAUCGAACAAUGGGCCUAGACGUCGUACAACGCCGACAAGUGAAGGCUAUGUUGAGUGACUUUGACCACGGUGAUCGCCAUACGUCAUACCAUGUGAUGAUGUCGUAUCCCUACGCUGACUGGUUACAUGUGUUCUACAUGGUUUUGGUGGGGGUGGCGAUAUAUGAGAUGCAGGUUCGAUUUUGUGCGUAUGACUUUUAUGAUGAGUAUUUGGGAUUGGACCUGCGCCAAGUUCCCAAAUUGAAGAAGCCCUUCCUUGUCACUGUUACUGUUGUGGUGAUGGUAGUCGCACUGUUUCACCCACUGCUUCUAGUUAGCAUUGCAACCACGCGUCUUUAUCGCAUCGCGAUGAAGCGCCCUGUUGGACCUCCAUAA